AUGGCGACAGCUCCUUCCUUCUGGGCUACUGGCGGCAGCAAGAUCAAGUCCGCCGAGUCUCCAAAUCCCAAGAUCGCAGAGGCGCCGGCCAAGUCGAAACCGGACCCUCAACAGAAGAAGGGCCUGGUACUGAAGGGUAUGACCAACGGCCAGACCACCAGCGGCGCAUCGAACGGUCUAUACCCAAAGGCCGCCACUGGCAAGAAGACCAACUGGGCCGACGAGGACGAUGACGAUAAUACCUUCAUCGCCGAGUUCAUGAGCCAAGAUCCCAAGAUCGCCACUCUCGAGACCACUGUUGCCCUCAAAGAGGAGCGCGUCAAGGAGUUGGACGCGCUGGUGGAGAUCAAGACGCUUCGCAUUGCGGAGCUCGAAGGUGCGGUCCAGGACAAGGACGUACAUAUCGGCGAUCUGGAAAUGGAGGUCCAAAAGAAGGAUGUUCAGAUUGAGAAGCUCACGAAAGUGAAUAGCGACCAGCUCGUUCACAACCAGGAGCUUCUACGCGAAGCUGUAGAGAAGGACAGCCAGAUCAAGGACCUGAAGGCUGAGCUUGAAGAGAAGAUCUCGACGCUUGAUAACCUUGAAGACGCGAAGAAGGCUGCGACCAUUAGCAGCCUUGAACAGGAGUCGGCCGCGCUCAUUCCCGUCCCCACGAAUGACGAAGAGAUCACUGAGGAUGAACGCAAGAACGAAGCAUCCGAGAGCAUUAAGUCUAACGGCGCCGAUGUUGUUACCAAGACGAAGAUCGAGGCUAAGAAGACCGCAUCCGUGGCUUCUGAUUCGGAUAGCUUCAAGAUCGUUGAUGCUCCCGUUACUGAAGAGGUCAAGAACGAGACGCCUACGACCGUCAUCACUAAACAGUCCGAGGAGACCAAAACCGCAAAGAACAACAGCGGCCCAACGCUCGUCACGUCCGCAUUUCCCAAUUUCGUGACGAAGGAGACACUCAAGGUCGUUCCUCCGGCUCCAAAGCCUAAGACCCUGACCUUUGGCAUCGACAUGUCCAAGUACGGGAAAAAGCCAGCACCGUCUGCUGCUGCAAAGACCCCACCCACAUCGUCGCCCGUCGCUGAGCUGAACGGCCACACUACACCCUGGGGCCACUCGUCUAGGCAGGCGCGUGACAAGAACGGUACUAUGCCGGAGCUCAACCCUUCGGCUGAUAUCCGCCACAUGCCGCACGGGCAGCGCGUCGUGUUUGGUAACGGUCCUGAAGUCAUCGUCAAGCUUGGAGAGGUCAAGCUGGCCACUAUUCCCAAGUAUGUUUUGAUGCAGUGCUCGGGCAAGGCUCACAAGUACUUCACUGCCAACCCCGACGCGACUUCUUGGGUUCUGCUCGCCGGUUCGAUGGACGCUGAUGCUGCGACCGCACAUCUGAAGUGGAUGGACGAGAUGACCUACCAGAGCAGGGUCUACUCUGUCCGUCUCCAGACCGAGACGGUAUAUGACAAGAAAAACUUGCACAUCUGCCGCGCUGCCCGCGUUCUUGGUCUGAACAACACCUACGUGGCGCAGUUUACCAAGCAGUUCUGCGACCGCAUCCGUGCUCAGGAUGUGUCCUUCGAGUUCAUGGACCUUCUUUGCCAGUUGGCGUACCCGGAAAACGACCCGGUCUUCGACUGCAUGGUUCACAACCUUGUUAACCAGAAGAAGGUUGGCAACGCCAAGGGCGCGGCCGAUUUGGACAAGUUGAUGGCUAAACAUCAGUCUCUGAAGGAGAAGGUGGAGAAGAUCGAGAAGCGGAUCGGAGGUCGUCCACGCAAGACCUGGAAUUCGCCUGAGGGUAGUGCUCGUGGUGGGAGCAACGACCGCAGCGGCAGCAAGGGUGGAAACCGUGGCAAGUCAGCACCGCGCAACCCGCCUGUCGCACCAGCGCCUGGUAACAAGCCCGUUACUCCGGCGCCUGGUGACGCAUUGUUCACUACUCUCCACUAG